AUCCGAAAAGCAGAUUCUAUCAUUCUAGAAAUCAAUCGGGAGGAUUAGGGUUCAGGCUUCUCCUUUGGAAAGAAAUCUGGAAAUCUCGUCGCAUUUUCUAUCAAUAAUUAAUUUUGUGUAGAGAAACUGAAUAAUGGGGAAGAACGAGUUUCUGACGCCGAAGGCAAUCGCGAACCGGAUCAAAGCGAAGGGCCUCCAGAAGCUCCGAUGGUACUGCCAGAUGUGCCAGAAGCAGUGCCGCGACGAGAACGGGUUCAAGUGCCACUGCAUGAGCGAGAGCCACCAGCGCCAGAUGCAGAUCUUCGGUCAGAAUCCCAACCGUAUCGUCGAGGGCUACUCGGAGGAGUUCGAGCGCUCCUUCCUCGACCAUAUGAAGCGCAGCCACCGCUUCAGCCGCAUCGCAGCCACUGUCGUUUACAACGAGUACAUCAACGACCGCCACCACGUCCACAUGAACUCCACCGAAUGGGCCACCCUCACCGAUUUCGUCAAGUACCUCGGCCGCACCGGCAAGUGUAAGGUCGAAGAGACCCCGAAAGGUUGGUUCAUCACUUAUAUUGACCGAGAUUCCGAAACGCUCUUCAAGGAGAGAAUGAAGAAUAAGCGAAUGAAGGCAGAUUUGGUCGAGGAAGAGAAGCAAGAGAGGGAGAUUCAGAAGCAGAUCGAGAAGGCCGCCGAGCAGUUCAUGCCGCUCGUAACCGACUCUCAGAAGCCCGAGCCUCAGCCCGUGAAGGAAUUGAAAUCUGAGGCUGAUGCUAAAAUUGGCUUCGCGCUCGGCUCGUCUUCAAAACUGAAAACGAAAGAGAGCGGCGAGAGUUCGAAAUCGGUGUUUGAUGAAGAUGAAAACGAGAAGAACGACAAGGGAAAUCCAGGGGCGAAGAAUAAAUCGGUUUUGGAGGAAUUGAUGCGCGAGGAAGAGAUGAAGAAGGAGAGGGUUAACCGAAAGGACUAUUGGCUGACCGAGGGAAUCGUUGUGAAGGUCAUGAGCAAAGCGUUGGCUGAGAAGGGUUACUAUAAGCAAAAGGGGGUUGUGAGGAAAGUGAUCGAUAAGUAUGUUGGAGAGAUUGAAAUGCUUGAGAGCAAACAUGUGCUAAGGGUCGACCAGGCUGAGCUCGAGACCGUGAUUCCGCAAAUUGGGGGCCUCGUAAGGAUAGUGAAUGGAGCGUAUAGGGGAGCGAUUGCCAAGUUGUUGGGUGUGGAUACGGAGAAGUUUUGCGCCAAGGUGCAGAUAGAGAAGGGUGCCUACGUUGGUAGGGUGCUUAAAGCUGUUGAAUACGAGGAUAUCUGUAAAGUUUCCCAGUGAGGUUUGAUAGAAAAUUUAAGUUGUAGUUAAUGGAGAUUAUCAUGGCAUUAUAUAUGAUAUUUUCUGUUGUUCCUUGAAAUGUUUCAUUCUGCUUUGAAAGCCUCUGAAAAUAUCAUUCUGUUGAAUGCAUGAUGCUUCCUCUGUCAUUA